GGCGGUGCGGGCGUCCGGGGCACUAUUGUUGAUGAGGCACACGGAGCAGGCGGGUCGGCUGUUGGCAGCGCGAGGGGCCUUGCGCUCGGGGAGGGGGGGGGUGCGAGGUGUUUACACCCCCCUUGAGGAGCCGUCCGCGGUCUCUCCCGAAGCCCCGCUUCCCGGAGCUGGACACGCAAUGUCCCACCAGCGCGUGAGGCGCAAUGGCUCCCCCACGCCUGCUACCUCCUUGGGGGGAGGAGGGGCAGCCGUGGCGGCAGGCGGGGGAGCGGGCAGCCGCCUGCAGCCCAUGCGGGCCACGGUGCCCUUCCAGCUCAAGCAGCAGCAGCAGCAACAUGGCAGCCCCACGAGGAGCGGCGGCGGCGCCGCGAGCGCCGCAGGCGGGGGUCUCUCGCGCGCGGCGCCUGCCUCGCGAAGCGCCAGCCCCACGCGCGCAGCGCCCCCGAACGGCGGCGGCGGCGGCAGCAGCGCGCGCGCCAGCCCCGCGGUGGCCACGCAGACGCCCGGGGGAGGGGGCGGCGGCAGCGGCAGCAGCGGCCCCGCCGCCUCUGCCUCCUCGCGUGGCAGCCCCACGCGCGCCGGCGGGGCGGGAGCGCGUGGGAGCCCCCCGCGCCCUCACCAACUGCCGCCCCCUCCUCCGCCGCCACCCCCUCCUCCGCCAAGCUCUGUUCUCUCCCCCUGCGCCUCCCCCGUCCCGCCCUUGCCGGAGGGCAGUGCCAGUGCCUCGGCUGGUAGGGUCCGGCAUCGCCAGCGGCGGCGCUCCCCAGAGCAGGGCAGGAGCUCCCCGGAGAGGAAGAGCCCCAGCUCCCCCGUCUGCAAAGUUGACAAAUCACGACCGCCUUCAUCAAGCCCAUCCAGUAUAAUUCGCCGUACUUCCUCACUGGAUACACUUGCUGCUCCCUACCUCGCUGGACAAUGGCCUCGUGAUAAUCAUGGACUGGCUGCUCCCUGUAUGAGGGACAAAGCCACGCAGACAGAGAGUGCCUGGGCUGAAGAAUAUUUAGAAAAGAAGAAAGGAUCUCACAAGCGUUCAGCAUCCUGGGGCAGCACAGACCAGCUCAAGGAGAUUGCAAAAUUGCGUCAGCAGUUGCAGAGAAGUAAACACAGCAGCAGGCAUCAUCGGGAUAAAGAAAGACAGUCUCCAUUCCAUGGUAACCAUGCAGCCAUUAAUCAGUGUCAGGCUCCAAUCCCAAAAAGUGUAAUUGUUCCCGUUAUACCCAUAACCAAAUCGACAGGAUCACGUUUUCGGAACAGCAUAGAGGGGCUGAAUCAGGAGAUUGAGAUAAUAAUUAAGGAGACAGGAGGCAAGGAAGAACAGCUGAUUCCACAAGAUAUUCCAGAUGGACACCGUGCUCCCCCUCCGCUGGCACAGCGCAGUAGCAGUACUCGCAACAUGGAUACCCAAACACCCGGUGGAGCAGACAGAGGCAGUAACAACAGCAGCCGUUCCCAGUCUGUGUCCCCCACCUCAUUUCUUACCAUCUCAAAUGAGGGCAGUGAGGAGAGCCCGUGCUCUGCUGAUGACCUCCUUGCUGAUUCCAGAGAUAAAGAGAAUGGGAACAACUCUCCCUUGCCCAAAUAUGCUACCUCGCCAAAACCCAACAACAGCUACAUGUUCAAGCGUGAACCCCCUGAGGGCUGCGAGAAGGUGAAAGUCUUUGAGGAAAGUUUGCCAAAGCCAUUGCAUGAAAUUCCAGCCUUUUACUGUCCUGACAAGAACAAAGUGAAUUUCAUUCCUAAAAGUGGCUCUGCUUUCUGUCUUGUCAGUAUUCUCAAGCCACUUCUUCCCACACCGGAUCUUACGCUCAAGGGCACUACUCAUAGCCUGACUGUCUCCUCUGGCAUGGCACCUAAUUUGCUACAGCCCAUUGCCAUGGCCUCCCUGUCUGCAACUGAGCAAGACCGGAUCUCUCGUGGAACAAGUACGGUAAUACCACAGACCUGUAUACUCCAGCAAUCAGGACAUAUCGAAGAAGCUGAGUGAUGAGUCUCCAUUGUGCAGGCGUUGUUCUGGAGAGACGGCUAGGAAGACCUUGUUGAAACUAGUUAUGACUGGUCACACCUGUUUGUUCAUUUUAACAGCUCAUGACAUUGUCAUAGUCAUAUUCUCCUGAUCUCCAUGACUAUAUUGGUAGCAUACUGAGAAAUCUGGGAGGAAGCGGCAGAUAAAGCAGUGCUGUACUCUGCUUGUGAAGACUCGCGUUCCAUUUCUCGCCUGCAUUUUUUUCCCCAAACUCUGAUAAAACAAAGACUGUUAUUAAUUCUUUGCCAUUGGACAGAUCAGUUAUUGUGAUGCUUUGUGUCCUUCAGACUUUUUUCAACAAAAACAACAAUUUUGAGAGCCAGCUGAUGCCAGCAACCACUGUAACCUGCAGAGGGAGGGGUAACCAUAUGGCACUGCAAGACCCAUCUUUUGUAUGAAAAUGAAUAUUUUAUAACAAGUUUGCAUUUUCUGAUACAUAGCAGGAUGUUCAAAAGACACUUUCCUAGUCACUGUUUUCCUCAGCUGUUGGGUGGUACGUUUUUCUCAGCUGUUUUCCAGCUGCUGGGACCAAAGGAUUGUUGAAAUACUUUAGUGGUCUCCAUGUGACCUUGUUCAACAGUCCGUACCCCCAACAAAAGUAAAUAAAUGAAUGCGUACAAAAUGUAAAACAAAAGGAAAGAGAAAACAAUAUUAGUAUGUUAUGUGCAUUUGUUUUUUAUAUCAGAGGUUUGUGCUUUGGUAAACCACAUUGUUCUUUAACUCCUACUCCCUAGAUAGAAUUCCUGUGUACAUUUAAUUACAUGGACAGAAAAUAGCAUUUUAGAGUUCUUGUCCCAGUAGCGUAAUCACUUUUUGUUUGGUUAAAAAAUGUCUCUUCCCUGCCCCCACCAAAACAAACAAAAAAAAACAACCAAAACCCACCAAAACAAAACCUGCCACUUCGCUCUUGGGAGAUCUCUUGGCUACUUGUGUAAUUGUCUGAAUCAUGAAUCAGUUUUUGGCACAAAAUUUUCUCUGUUGUGGCUGAUCACUGUAUUAUAAACCCUAGCCACAUGAUACGGAAAUGGCUAUGCAUGGUUCCUUGUCAUAAUGCUGUUUUGUGGGUGUGUUGAGGGUAGUAGUUUGUUAGGCGUGUAUUUGUUACACAGCAGUCAACAGCAACAGAUCUGUUCUACCUUUUUGACUAGCAACAUUGUCGAGUGUGUCAGAGAGAGGAUGUAUUGAUACCUGGUUCUGGUUUGCAGCUGUUACCAGUUUCCUUUAUGCCUCUGUGGUUCUUUGGCUGUUGAAAUAAAAAAUGAAAAUGGGGAGGGAUGUUCAAACAGAGCUUGUUCGGGGACUGCAGUGAGGUUUCUCCCAGAGUACUGAAAUGCAUUUCUUGUCUUUAGAUAUCACAGUACAAACAUCUGCAAGUGCUUUAAUACCAAAGUAUCUUCAGGUUACAAAAAUCAGUUGACAGGAGCCCUGUUUUGGGGAGGUGGCUUCAGUCAUUUCAAAGUAGGUGUUGCAAUAUAUAGUCUCUGGGUCUGAAUAGUCACCCCACUACAUAUGUGCAGCUCUCAUUGACUUACAUACAAACAACUCCCAUGGAUCAGCUGCAUAAUCACACACCUGUUUGUAAUUGCAUCUUUUUAAGAACCAUAUCACAAAUGUAAUAGUUUUGUUCUUUGUGUAACACGCUAAGAAUUUGGUUGCAGACACCUGAGCCAGGAAAAAUACUUGUUUGUCUUAGCAGCUAAUAGUUUCUAUGUACUUACAAUGCACAUUGGGUAGUUCCUAUAAAUCCCACAUAAUAACAUAUAGCAAUAAAUCUACUAAAAGAAUAACUGUAAAAUGCACCAGCCUACACAAGUGCUGUAUUUAUGGUAUAAUGAGCACACUUUUUAAAGUUCCUUAAUAACCAAAUUUCACCACUUAGUCCAUUGUGGUUAUUUAUAGGUUUAUUAGAUGUUAAUUUAAUUAACAAAUUGAGGACCAAAUCCUGCUCACUUUACUCAUUCCCAUUGAAAUCAGUGGGAUUACUCAUGUGAGUAAGAGGACUUGGUCAUGAAUGAACAUAUUUCGUCCACACCAAUAAAAUUGGGGGAGAGGAGAGUUUGAUAAGAUAGUAGUGGUUAGUACAUCAAAGCUACAUUAUAAAAGAUUACCAUUUUAGGAAUAAUGGGACAUUACUAGUAAAUUCUGUGGACACCUAAGAGAGGUCUUCUUUCUAAAACAUUUUAAAAUCAUGAUAGCUUGUUUAGACAGUGUUAGGGUUUGGACAAAAUCUGAUAUUUUUGGCUUUGUGGAAGAUGGGAAUACUUAGGCAAGGGGCCUUUUUGUAUGGUAUCCAAACUAAUUUCUACUUCUUCCAUAGUAGCAGAUAAAGUGCUUCUGCCAUUAAUGCCAAACAGCAUGGUGCUUAUCAAGCGAUCUUAACUGGAUAGUUAAGUACCAAAGGGCUAAAGUCAGCAUAUAAUAAAACUUUUAGUCUUGGGGUUAUUAACCAUCCUCCGUCCAAAUCAUUCUAAUGUCUUUGUUCAACAUAGUGAAUAUUUGAAAAUAGGAAAUGGGAUCACCUAUCUUAGAUUUUUCUGUAGUACCCAUCGUUGUAAUAGUUGAGCAUUACCCCCCUCAUUUAGUUAGUUCACAUAGAAGUGCAUUAUGAGACAAUGUACUAUAUAAAAUAGUGGGCUACUCCACUAGAAACCAAAUGUAAAUGAUAGGGUUUUUUUAUAAAAGUUGAAAAACCCCAAAACUGAAUUAGACCUUUUUAAUGUUAAAAUUUUUUGAACAUGCCACAGCAAGGACUCGUAUUAAGGUGGUAAGAUGGCUUCUAUUUGAAGAUCAAUUUUUACAAAAAAUUUCUUUAGCCUUAAAUUUUUCAUGCUCUUUCUUGUUCCAGAACAGAGGUAUUUGGUAAAAUUUUAUAGGUCUUUUUAAAGACAUGGAUCUUAGAAUAGCGUAUGGGGUUUUAAAUUCUUGAAAAUUGCGGGGAGGGAGGGGGUUGGUGUUCCAUACAUAUCUCAAAUAUGGUAUGACAUAAAACUUCAAAUUAGUUCUGACAUACCUAUCUCCAGUGAAAACUAGUGUACAAGACUAGCUACCUUUUUGAAUUCUCUAAUUCUUAAUGAUUUAGUCAAAAAUUGUGCAGUGACCAUUUGCAUGUGUUCACAACUUGAUACACCUAGGACUUGGUUUUCUGAGCUGUUGAGUACUCCCAACUACAGUUCAAAGCAGUGGGUGGUUCAUUGCUUACUGUUGCUGAAAAUCAGGCCCUUAGUAUCCUAAACUGGACAUCCCGAACAUGAGGCAUCCAAACUUAGUGAACACUUGAAAAUGUUGGCCUUAUUUUCUGCCAACAUUAAAAACAGUCCAAUGUCUGUGGAGUUCAUAAGCUCUGUAGAGUAUGAAAGGCCUGUGCCAUUGUAGUAGUAGUAAUACAGUUCUAGGUUGGCAGCUGCAACUAUUAGAAUAUUUUUCUUCUUUCUUUACUCAAGAUGCAGGAUAAUAGGAUCUAAUUACACUUUCAUUUGCUUCUGCUGCUUAUUCCUCAUCUGAUGCCAUAAUUCCAUGUGUGACAUCACAGUUUAAUGGGAUGUCAGAGAAAAAAGAAUGACAUGCCAGAAGUAUUAACUUUUAAGAAAAAUCCUGUUUUUAUCCGUAUGACCCCAGUAAAGAAGAAAGGAUGGAAAAUACAGGAAAAUAUUGAAGCAAAACUGGCUAACUUUUUAAGAUUUCCAUAAAGCCAACAGUUGUUGUUCAAGAAUAUUUACUCUCAAGGGCUACUCUUUAAGUUUACUUUAAAUUAUGGUUUACCAAUCUCAGACAUUGAAAUUAAUGGAGAGUACUGUAGAAGUUGAUCCUAUUGGGGAAAAUAGGAGCCUGUAUGGGUAGGCACUUGCAUAUCCCUCAUCCUUGUAGUAUCCUGGGAAGUUAAAAUAUUGUGACCAUUAUGUACCUGUUAGCAAACACAUGAAAAAACAUAGUUCUGGCAAAUUUUAGGCCUAUGGCAAGUAUAGCAUUUUUCAGUGCUUAUGCCCCAAUUUACCACUUUUGAUUCCUAUUCCCAAUGGGUUAAAGUUGCCAAGAAAGCUUUUCAAGCAAGGAGUUAUGAGUAAUUAAAAAAGGAAAUAAAUUUGGGUAAUGAGGUGGGAAAUUAACAACUAGGGACAUCCAUUAGCCUUUCCCCAUCUCUGGACUUAUUUAGCUUUGCUAUUGGUGUCAUCAGUGGCAAAUAAAUGGUAAUGCAAAUGUCCCUUACAAGAGUAUGCGCUUUCUUUUUUUUUUUUUUUUUCUUCUCCUUUCCUCUACCACCAUCUCUGAAAUAAUGUGGUGUGACUUCCACACAUCCGUUCACUGCCUGUGGUAUCAAAAAGGUUUUACCCUUUCUGAUUUAUUUUCUCUCUUGCUGAAGACCAGUCAUCUUUUCCACAAAAACUUUAGGGGGGAAAUAUAUGAUCUGGUAAACUGCAUGGAAAUAAAAUGUGUAACUUGUAGUUGCAAAGACCAAUAAUAUUUGGGUACCCACAGGUAUUUUGAUCAACCUCUGUCUCUUAAUGCACAUAUUAGUCUUGUUUGGGGCCUUUUUCCUCUAUUUUUAUAGAUUGAUGUGAGACUUGUGUCUGCUAGAAAUUUCUUCUUGAACAAACAUUCAGACUUGUCCUACCCACCCAGAAUUUAUUCACACAUUUUCAAUAAAUAUCUCCAAAACAGGGCUUGUGUGUUGUUUCCAUUUAUUCUUUGUUUUCAUUUAAUUAUUGCCUUCACAAUAAACAAUGAAUGACCAAAAACAAAGGGCCUGACCAUAGGCUCCCAAAAUGAUUGUUGCUAGGGGACCAGGGCCUCUUCAUCCAGUCCUGAAGUCAAGGGGCCCUUGACACCUAUUGUACUCAACAGGAGUUGAGAGCUCCCAGGACCAAAGCUGUUUUUCCCGAUAAAACUCAAGUUAGUAAAGGGAUCAUCCAUCGUAAUCAAAAUGGAUGAAAAAGCACGACAUAGGAGCUAACUGUCAUUACUGUUAAAGAGCUUUUCUGAGAUUAUAGUCACAAUAUUCAAAACUGCGUACAUAGGCACCUAAAAUCAGGGCACUUGCUUUAAAAAUGCAGGGUCCCACAGCUCCCAUUGAUUUAGAUGGGAUGUGGGAGUGCUCAGCUCCUCAGAAAAUCAAACUCCUGUUAUAUAGGUUCCCUGUAUAUUUAGGAAUUUAAUUUAGAGACACUUUUUUGCAAAUGUUGGUUUAUGUGUAUAAGCCAACAUUUGCUUAUAUGGGAAAGGAUAUUAACCAUAUUUCAUGCAAUAGUCCAAACACAAAUGAAACCCUGUUACUGCUUUGUUGGACUCAUUUUAUCUUUUCCACAUAGUUUUGUGAACUUCAACUAUGCUAAAGGAUUUAUGUUUGGCAAAGCAGCAGCUUUUGUAGGGCUGAGCUAUUUGUCUGAAUUGCAGAAAGGUAGUUAACCAAAAAUUGCAGUCAACAUUUCAAAUCAGAUCUUCAUAGGAAAUGUAUCCUGCAAGCAUUCACAGCUUCAAAAAUAACCUGUUUAGUCACUUCGUCUAAUCUGAAUCCUCAGUAUAUUGAUAAUUAAACAAGAAUAUAAUUUUGAUAUUACACUUUGUGACAUGCUUGCUUUUUAUUUAAAUUCUGUAAUUUGGGAGGAUAGCAAUAAGAAGAUAUCCAAAAGUGCCCUUCAGUUUUAUUUUCUAUGUUAGCUGUCAUUUCUUUUCUCUGUUACACUGAUAAUUUGGAGAAGCUCAUAUAUAUUGUACUGAUACAGUAGAACCUCAGAGUUCUGAACACCAGAGUUACAAACUGACCAGUCAACCACAGGUCUCAUUUGGAACUGGAAGUACACAAUCAGACAGUAGCAGAGACCAGGGGGAAAAAAAGCAAAUACACUACAGUACUGUGUUAAACAUAAACUAAAACAAAUAAAGGGAGAACGACAUUUUUCUUCUGCAUAGUAAUGUUUCAAAGCUGUAUUAAGUCAAUGUUCAGUUCUAAACUUUUGAAAGAACCAUCAUGACAUUUUGUUCAGCUACAAAUACUUGAGUUACAAACAACCUUCAUUCCCAAGUAGGGUGACCAGAUGACAAGAACAAAAUAUCGGGACACAUAGGAGGGCAGCCACAGGCUCAUCCGCCCCGCAUCAGGGCUGCCCCAAGCAAAAAAAAAAAAAGUGCUGCCAAAGCAAAAUAUUGGGAUAAAUGGCAUCCCGACCUUACAUCGGUCAGGAUGCAGGACAAACAACUAAAUAAUGGGACAGUCCUGAUUUUAUCGGGACGUCUGGUCACCCUAUUCCCAAGGUGUUCAUAACGGAGGUUCUGCUGUAGAUUGCUUUGUUACAUGUAAGCUGAGUGAGUGAAGUGUCUUCCAGGAACAUUCUGCUGGAAGGACCUAUUUCUGAGUUUACACUGUUUGUAAAUCUGGAGUGACUCAAUUGAGUUAAAUGGAGUUCUCUGGAUUUACACUAUUCUGUCUUUGAUACGCUAUUUGUGCCCAUACUACUUUUUCCUAACAUUGUGAAUCUGAGUUCUGAUUUGUGAACUCUUGCACUGAAAAUAUGCAAAAUCUAGAAUAGAUGAAUUUGCCUACAAUAAAGUAAUAAAAUUUCCAGCUACUUUUUUACCUUUUGUUGUUGUUUUGGCAGCUGAGAAGGGUUUAUGUGCUGUGGUGGCCUGAACAUUUGCUUCAUUAAUUAUCCUGAGGGUGGUGAAUGUUUUCACUACAUCACACUGAGCAUGGCCCUUUCAAAAGAAAGGUUAGAAAGACAGGAUAUAGGGAAGAUUAGGUUGGAAGACAGUAGGGUUAUCCUCACCCCAUUUCCCCACCCCACUCCACUCCUCAAAGAGACACGUUAAGAGUGAUUUCUCCCACCUAUUUGAUAGGUUGUAUAGACCCUUUGGCACCCCUCAUGCCUACGAUCCACCCUGUUUAAGGAAAUAACAGCAAUCUAGAGAACUGGAGAGGUGAGCUCCAGCAGAUGGCUCCCUGAAUGGAUGAGUGGAGAGAAGAGGACACCUGCAUUCCUCAGAAACCUAAUUCACUGAAGCAGCUGCACUUCAUUACUAAUUAGUAAUGAAGUCUAUAGCAAGGGCAGCCUUAUAGAGGAAGCUGCUCAGACAUUUCCUGCAAAUCAAGCUCCAUACUGUUCUGGGUUUUUUCUUUUUAAUAUAUUUUGUUUUGAGUAGCCUCCCUACAUACCCUUUUAGCCCCUGAGUCAGAAUUGGCUUGUUUUGCUGAUCUCCACACACCCAGAUCAGACCUACUUAGGGAGGAGGCUUUCACUGCAGAGCGGCAAAAUUGGAACUAUGCUCAUCCUAUGCCUGUGAGCAACUGUAGCUCCCUUCCAUGAAGUCAGGUGAGAGUACUGAUUAUUGCUAAGAUUUGCCUGCUCUGUGUAGAUCCUUUCUGAUUAGAAGGCCAGAACAUUUUCCCUUCUGAAAAAUCAUCCUGAGCCAUAUGUGAGCUCAGGAUGGAGGAGCCGGACUGAAGCUUUCCUGGAAAUGCCCACAAGGAGUAAAAUCAAGGUCUUUUCUACCCUGUUUUUCCUGGAAGACAUCAUGGACAUUUGGAGAACCAGUAAAAUAACGACAUCACAGCAGCUUGCAUGUAGUGUCUGGGAUUUUAAAGCAAGAGGGAGAAUAUGUGUACGCUAACAACGUGGAGCAAAAGAACCUGAUGAAGUGGUAAGAGGAACAGCAACAGAAAUAAUAAGAGAAGCAACAUCAGCUCCAGUAAUGUAUACAGCUGCAGUAGCAAAACCACCACCAACAGAAAAUGGUGGAGAUGAUGAGGCAAGCUUUGCUUGUCAAGGGAGGUGAUCUGUCUUCUGUUACCCUUACAGGAGGAGGGUUCUUAACCAAAAUGGGACCUCUGUAUUAUUAUGAAGAUCAUACAGUAUUCUGUUUUGAUCAGCAAUACAAAAUGUUAUUUAAAUUACUGACAAUUAUAACAAGUACAGUUUUUUCAAUUCUGUAUUUUAUAAUCAGUGAGUCACUUUGCCUUGUGUUGUGUGACCACAUGAUUUACUGUAAUCAAAUACUCAAGACAUGUCUCUACUAAGAAAACUUAAAAAAUCCUCCUGGUGCAUCCUAGUAUAAAAGACAAGGUUGUGGUGGCCAGACACACCCAGCCGUGAGCUCUGUGCCUGGAGUCUGGGCAGUUCCGGGAGCCUCGGUGAGCUGCUAGGCUCCCCACAGCUGAAAUGGUACUGUACAUGGUUUGUCCUUCUCUACACUUGCAACUAAACCAUGUUCAACUGCACCCAUUGCUGGCAACAAGAAGGAAAUAAAUACUUUUCUGAACUUCUCCAUUUGCUUGCAGGUGUCAGGAUCCAGUUCUUGGGACACAUCCUUCAUCCACAGCAAGGCCCCUCUGUAUUCUAUGCGGGCCUGCUCCAUAUGAUCGAUUGUUAACAAGGUAUCAGACACAGCCCGGUGACUGAAUGUUGCCAAUUCCUGCCCAAGGCGAGACAAGGGGGUACAAAGGGCUACCCUGGAGGACUCCUGCUUGAUUCACUGCAUAGGAUGGACUUGCUCUAGGGGUGAAUCAGGAUUGUGUAGUGAAGGAGGCUGUCGUCUGUACAACCCCUGCUUCAUUUGCUACAGGAGUAAAUGUGUAGUGAAUGAGGAAGGGGAUUUCAAGAAGAAAUGAAUGGUUCCGUGAUUAAGGCAGUUGAAUGCUGCCUGGCAGAACUGGAUUCUCUCUCUGCCUCCGCCAGUGUUUGUACGUAAUGUUAGUCAAGUAAGUUAAACCAAUUUUUUCAUAGGUGGUCACCAGUUGCGUGUUGCUGGGUAUGAAAUGCACAAGUGCUAAGCAUUCACAGCUGCAGCUGAAGUCAAUGGGAAAUGUGCUUUGGUCAUAGAAAGUGCUAUAUACUCUGAAAAAUCAGGUGUCACAAAUCAGCCACCUAAAAUUAGUGGAUACUUUUGACCUUAAUCUCUCUGUGCCUCUCUCUUCCUCAUCUGUAAAAUGAGUACAGUAUCCAUUCAUCUCACAGGAGUCUUGUGAAAACAAAUUGAUAUUUGUGAAGCACUCAGAUACUAUAAUAAUGAGUACCAUAGAAAAUCCCAUGAAGAAAUUAAUAAUUCUUACUUCAAAGCAGAGUUUGAAUAGCGUGGAGUAAGGAAGGCCUGGGGCCACACAUUGAACAAUGAGGAUAAAACAAAAUUUUGAAUCGCUGCUCACUGAGUGAGAACCAUUCAUUCUCUGCACUGGAUGAAGCAGGGGUCCUAUGGAAAUAAGAGAUGUUAUGUACUUAAAGACUGUAACAUAAUGCCUAUAUGCAAGGGGACCAAAUUAAGGUUGUACAGGCAACCUUAAUUCUGGCAUUUCUUAACUUUUGAGUGGUUGAUUUUGCAACCGUUUUUUUAUGUAGUCUUUUUGUGUUUAAUGUAUACAAACACACACAUUACAGUUCUCACCUCAGCAGGAGGCAAUAGAAACAACAUUUGGUACAGAGGUAAUACCUAAUGGGACUUUUUCAUGCUUUCUGGUGGUCCAAUAAAAAUAUUUUGACAAGCUCUAAGGUUUUAAAAAUCUAUCAUGAAGGUACUGUAAUUUUAAAAAUUAUAGUAGGAGAUGGUUAUCAUUAAUAUCCCAACAUUCUAUUACCACUGAACAUGUAUGCACAAAAUAACAGAGUGAAAUUUUAGAUCAACACAUUAAAAAUCUGUGGAAAAAUUAUCUCCUCCAAUGCACAAGUGUGUUAUCAUUGAGGCAAAGUUAAUGAGGAUCCUUGCCUUGUUCCAUACAGUCUUUGAAGGGAUUCAGCCUUGCCUCAUAGCACUGUCUGGCAAAUAAUUCCACAUUUUGGAAAUUAACUUUAUCAUUUCAUUUUUUAAAAACCCUAUGAAAUUCCAAGAAAGAAACUGUAUUAAAAGAAAUUGAAGACCAUGAUCCUGAUUGAUUUUUCUGCAUGCAAAGUUAAAUCUGAGUACUCCUGUGCAUAAAGUUAAGCACCUGCACAAAUGUUUGUGGUAUCAGGAUUUAAGGUGUAAGAUGAAGUACUCAAAAAGUUAACUAACUUUGCCCCACAUUCAUAAGACUUAUGAUAGUCUUACACAAUCACAUGCUAUUAUUUCUAAACCUGGUUGGAAAUUUUCCAUUAGAAUAUUUGUUUGUUGGAAAAUGCCAAUUUGUGAAAAGCAAAAUGUUCUGCAGGUUUCAAAGGAAAUUGGCCAGGGCCUGCCAGGCUCAACUAAUCUUUCAAAGGAAAUUAGCCACGGCUUUCUGAGCUCCUGGCUCAUCAUCAGUCUGCCUAGUAGCUGCUGAGGCUCCAAGAGUUUCCAGGUGUCUGGCUCCUCAGCAGCCUGAAAACUUCAAGGCCAAGUUCCAAAGCUCCCAGAUUCUUGACAGGUUUCCUGGGAUGGGGGCAGUCAUAGAGUAGUGGAGGCCAGCGCUUUCAGGCUCCACACUCCUUGACAGCCCCAGAAGCAUAUUUCAUUUCAGAAACAAAAUAUUCCAGAAUUUGACUUCCACAAGAAAUUGAGGUUUUGAUUUGUCCCAAUUUCAGCUGAAUUUUUCCCCCCAAAGCUCAAGCUGUUUUGUUUUUGAAGAGGUGAAAUUCACUUUCUUGUUCAGUUAUAUUUAUUUCUACAGGUCCACUGUUGCAUUUGAUGUGCAAGCUGAAUGGCGAAUAUUGAAUGAGGCAAGGUUAGACAGUCAAUCAGAGGUGCUGAGAGCCAAAUUGUUUGCAACUACCAUUCACUUUACACUUGUUUAACUGAGGCAUUUUCUAGACUAGAAUUGAAGGUGUGAUGUUAGUCUGUGUUAGCAUAUAUAACACACUUUACAAGUCUAUUACAGAUAAGGCACACUGCCUUUAACACGUGCUCAGCUGGUCAAGUUAAACAAGGGGGGAGCCCAGGCUUCAAUUCGACCAGCUGAGCACGUGUUAAAGGCAGUUUGCCUUGUCUGCACUGGACUGAUGUGUUAGCAUAUGUUAGCUAAUGUGUAUUAAUUUAUUUUAAUCCCUAAUCUAGAUAAAGCGUGAGAGCAUAUCUGGGACCUCAGUGGACAGGGUAGACUUUAUAUAGUGAAUGAAGCAUGAUUAAAAAUACAUAUUUAAUCCACUGAGCUUCAUCCAACCUGUGCUCUGAAUUAGUCAUAUUUAUAUUCAUUAACUAACUAAAGAAUGUAUUAAUAUGCAGACACAAAAGUGGCAUAAUUAAGGUUGUCUGGGUAACCUUAACUUUUGGAUUUUCUAACUUUUGGUAUGCUUUACUUUACAAUUUUAUUUUUUUAAACAUAGGUUAAAAUUUUAGAACUUGCAUAUAACUUUUCAAGGCACUUUAGAGGAGGGUAAGAAUUAUCAUCUCCAUUUUACACAUGAGGAAAACUGAGGCAAAUAUAUGAAGUAAUUUGUCCAAGAUUACUCAGCAGGUCAUUGACGGACCUGGGAUUGGAAUCCAGGUCUCCUGACCCCAGGUCACAUGUCCAUAUACCGAUUCUGCAGAAUCCUUUGAAAUUGAAAAUUGCUUUCGAUAUACCAGUAUGUCAUGCUCAGUUUUCUGAAGGAACACCACAUUUAAGAUAAACUAAUGCAUCCCAUACUAAGUAAAAUGUUCUAUGACACUCCUGUCUUUGCUUCAAACAGCAGUAAAAUCCAUUAUGAAUGGCCUUAUUAAAGAACCUCUUUUCAAUAACCAAAGUACCCUUUUCAAGGCAGAGAUAGCAAAGAAAUCAGUUUAAAGAGAAAUAUUACUUCCUUCUACAUCAGAUUGUUUUUCCUUUGUGAGCUUGAAGAUAUUGGGUAAAAUGCAGUCAUGUUGUAAAUAAAUGCAACACCCAUAUAAGUCUCUGGCUAACUUCUAUGAUGUAAAUGAUGUAUAUUCAUCAGAAAACUGGUGUAAAUGAUAUAGUAGUCUAAUUUGCAAGAGAAGUCCAUCAGGCCUGAUUCUGCCACCCUUAGUCUUAAUAGGUAACAAUUCAUACUCACAUAGGCCCAUUAAUUGCAAUGGGACUGCUUACAUAGUAAGGUACUUCCUGACAUGAAUAAGGUUGGCAAAUUACAGCUCUCAGCAGAGAUUAAAAUGAGUAAUUUACACACCAAGGGCACAAACAAGGGAAUACAGUAGUAAAAUCAGCUAAUAGGAUGGUGUAACAGCAUAGGGGAGAUGCUGCUCUGUUCCCUGAUGCAAUUUUCCUGCUGCCCCUUCUCAGUGUUACACUUGUUUAGUAUAUUGGUGCAAGCUAUACUACUUAAUCAUUUGCACCCACUUAUAAUGUUUUUGAUCAAUUUACUCAUGACAUUUAAUUUACACCACAGUGUAGACUGCAGAAUUUGGCCCAUUCACUGCAGCAGUAUGUUGUAUUUGUAAGUUCAGUUCAAUUCUAUAUUUAUAUUUGCAAUUUAAAUUACACUGAUCUUACUGUCUGUACUUCUUGAUUAUUUGUAUUUUCUGUAUAUAUUUCUUCUAUUAUAGUCUAUUUGUUUUACAUAAAAUUGUAUUUGCUUUCCGUGGA